AUGUUGUGUUGGAUAGUUGGUGUGCUUUUUGUGAUGUUGAGAAAUGUGAGUGGUGUGGGAUGUUACGACGAUAUUGACGAUAUUGACAUUGAUGAGUAUGAUGACUUUCUCGAUGAUUUUGAUGAUUUCUACGAUUUUGAGUUUGACGAUGACUUUGAUGACGACGACUUUAUUGGCGGACAGAAGUCGUAUGACUACGACAAAGCUAAAAGUGCAUUGAACACACUUGGAGGUAAUAUAGUUAAACAGAAAAUCAAACAAAUGGCAACUUUAUUAAGACAAGCGGUACUUAAUAAAGCUAAAAAUUGUAAUAAACAAGUUGAGAAGGUCAGGCGAUACUUGAUUGAGAAGCAGAUCGUACCUGUUAAUUGGGUCUAA